GUGACGUCAAGCUCGGCGCCGAUCUCGUUGUUUUGUGUACAUUGUUCUCGGUGAACAAAAUAUUUAUCGCUGAAUCUGUGAAUAAUAUUCUUCGCUGAAAUACGCUUGCUUUCAUCUCGCUUUCAAUGACAAAUACGCAAUUAAGCUGAACUACAUCGAGCAAAUACAAGCUUUCAAUUAAAGGGAGUACAAUUGUUAAAGGUUAGCCGUCAGCAUGUUAAACGCGUUGGGAGUGAUUUGUUCCGGAAGGCUGGUUCAAACCGACUUCCAGCAAAUAUCGGAAGUACAAUAUCUGAUAAACAUACCGGAGGCCGAUAAUGUGAAUCACGUCGUUGUGUUCCUAACCGGGACGACUCCGUUUGCCGAAGGGAUGGCUGGGGCUGUUUAUUUUAGCUGGCCAGAUCCAAACGCGCCCCCGACUUGGCAAUUCCUUGGGUACAUCUCCAAUUCGAAACCAUCAGCUAUAUUUAAGAUAUCUCAGUUGAAGAAACUAGACGAAAUGUCCAAUAAUUCCGCUGUGAACGUUUUCGGAGCGAAUCUUCCAAUUUCGCACAUUGCACAAAUUGGCGUGUCCAUAGAACCGGAAUCAAAUCUUAUGCAGCAAACGCCAGCAACGACUACCACUGAUACCUACUAUCAGUUCGGGCAGAAAAUGGUGGAAAAUUUCUUCAACUUCGUGAGCAGUUUUUCCGUUACUCAGUCGCAAAUGAUGCCGAACCCGAACGAAGCGUUCGUUCCGCUGUCGACGGUUCAGACGUGGUUCACCAACUUCCAGCGCCGGUUGCAGCAGAAUCCUAGCUUCUGGAAAAGCUAAACUAAUCGGUGCAAUGCAUGACACUAGUCGGGAAGAAGCACGAUUAAGGGAUUAAGGCACGCGGGAUAGGUUAACCUACACCAAAACGAUGCGAUGCAGGGGGUUUUUCAUCUACGAAGGAAGUCUACUAAAAUAGUGUAUAGAGCAAUAGUUCGCGCGGUUUUUCAUUAACGUAAUUUACCAUGUGUUGUUUCAUUCUAUGAUUCGUUUCUUUCAAGCAUUUCAUUCGGUCCUCGCACUGGAUGGUUAUUAAUUUUACCUGUAAUAAAAUGAUUUUGGAUGAAA